AUGUCAAUGCACCCACAUCACCCACCACCUCCAUCGCACACUCAUUUACCGCCGCAUUUGCCGCCGCAUCAACCUAUGUCGGCUAUACCGCCGCAUAGCAAUUAUGGGAGUUAUGGCGCACCAACAGGCCCGACGCGGUCACCAUACUAUCAACCACAAUAUGGAGCUCAUCCAUCACAACCUUAUAGUCAGUAUGCUCCCUACCCCCACUAUCAACAACCAUAUGGGCCCCCGCCCGGUUCCCAUUACAUGAAUGCGCGUCCGCCACCACAACAUAAUGGAUCGCCGAUCCACUAUCCAGAACAUGGUGCGCCAGGCCAACCACAACAGCCUCAUGAUGUUUACGGUCAGCCAUCACAUCCAGCUUUGGCACAACAGCAGCCUGCAGCUGUUCCUCCUACACCAGCUGGAGUAUCGGGCAAUCAGGGACUGGCAUCGACCGCAGUUCCUGUUAACGCUUCAGAUGGAACCAAAGGCGACAGCGAAAAGAAAGACGGAGUAGCUGAGUAA